AGUUCCUCCACUGCUUUUAUCACAUCGAACAAACACAGAGUUUUCUUAUAUCUCACAAGCUCUCCAAGGUACUAUCUCACAGUAGUGAUACUAUCAGCUUUAGAAUUGUCCAAAUAUUGAGCAAUGGCGGCUUCAACAUCAACUGUCCUCUUCCUCACCAUAAACCUACUUUUCUUUACUUUGGUAACUUCUACUUACUGCCCACCAACACCAAAGAGUACUACACCGAAACUCCCUCCAACACUUACACCACCGAAAAACAACCCAUCACCAAAAUCCCCAGUACCAUCAACUAAGCCUGCUAGUUGCCCAAGAAACACCCUAAAAUUGGCUGCCUGCGCCAAUGUGUUAAAUGGUGUUGUAAACAUUGUUAUCGGAACACCAUCUAACACUCCAUGUUGCAGUCUUAUUAAUGUUUUGGUUGAUCUUGAAGCUGCUGUUUGUUUAUGCACUGCCCUUAGAGCUCAGGUUUUGGGAGUAGUCAACGUUGAUGUUUCCAUCGCCCUCAGUUUGCUUCUUAAUACUUGUGGUAGGAAGGUCCCAUCUGGUUUUCUAUGCGCGUAACUUCUUCUAUAAACCCUCAGCCGAAGAAUGCUAGUAUAUUAUCCACUAGCUCAUCGUUUUCUUUUUUCUUUAUCAUUUGUGUGUUCGAAUCUCCCAUUCUUGGCAUUACAUUUUAUGCCUUGAAAUUUAUCUUUUUUUUGAUUGUGUAGUUGUGCUUUCAUUUGUUAUUGCAUGCUUUCUGAUUCUGCCUAUAAUGUUUUGGUUAUAGGUGUGAAUAAUUUGCAAGGGUUUCAUCUGGUUUUCACCUUUAUGUUCAUGUUAAUGAAAUACAAACAGAGAUCUGUUGUAAAAAUAUGAGUAUCUAUUUUUAGUUUCAUUUUA